GCUCUCAUACAACAUAGCCAUCUUGUCAAGAGGGACUGAGCGAGCGAGCGAGGGAGGGAGUAGUAGGCGCUGUUUAGGUUCUCGCGCGUAUUAAAACGUGAAAUUUAAGGGCGUUUUCCUCCUUCGGUCGCAGUAAGCUUUAUAGUAAGUAUCGCCACCGGGUGACUUUACGGUAGUGAACUGAGUGGUGCUUUGUGCAAAAUGUCUCACAUAUACUUGUUCCGACGUAGUGGGAGUGUGGAGCAGCCAGUUGUCUUGACUUGCUAGCUAGCUGAGUGAGUGGAGGGCUGCGGGCCCUCCUCAGCCUAAAGUAGCUCCCGCAGCGGGGCAACACAGGCUGCGAUAAGGACCGUGUGAUAACUGCACAACGGGGACAUUAGCAGGUCUGUCCGGACUUACCGAAGGCAUUGGAAACACCGUACAGGCUUCUGGCAUCAGUGUCUAAACCCGCAUUGCUGGACAAGAAGACACGAAGUGUGGCGUUGCGUUAUGAGCUCAUGAAACGCAACAGGAGACUGAGAGAGGAAGAGGGAUGGCGCAGAUUCAUCUUGAUUAUAGUUAGCUAGACUAAGUAAAACAGAUGCAAGUGCGCUGUUUAGUAUGAUCUAAGCCUUUAGCAGCUGCUACCACCUCGUCCCUUUUUCGCGGAGGAUAAACAUAGCCAUACAGUGCCAGGCUGUCAGUAUGUCGAAAAUGCCGGCCAAGAAAAAGAGCUGCUUUCAGAUUACAAGCGUGACUCAGGCCCAGGUGGCGGCUACAGGUGCCGCCGACGACACGGAGAGCCUGGAUGACCCAGACGAGUCACGGACUGAAGACGUGUCGUCGGAAAUAUACGACAUGUCACGGGCUGAGUACGAGCCCGCAUGUGACGGAAGCUCAUCUGAAGAAGCCCAGAAUAAUGUUGGAGAGCCAGACGCACUCAGUGUUACGGCCUCGUCACACAUACCUGAAGCGGCUCACUUGCCUGCGCAAUCAAACAAUCCCAUUGGGGAGUUUCGAAAAGUUGGAAUAUCGGGUUCAACUCAAGGUGGGAAGCAGCCGCCGGGGAUUGGUGUUACAGCCAGCUUACCCCUUGUCACCCAGCCUGGGGCAAUACAGCAACAGCCUGCUCCAGCAGUAAGCGCUGGACCAGUCAGUGUGUCAGUGAACGCAUCCCAACCUGCUGCACUGAGCAGUUCAGCUCCUCCUGCCACCACCACGGUGAGUUGCACUUCACGCUUCAGGGUCAUCAAACUCGAUCAUGGUACUGGAGAACCCUUUCGAAGAGGCAGGUGGACAUGUACAGAAUUUUAUGAGAAAGACACUGAGAGCUCUGUUAGUAGGACUGUAGAUAGCAUUAGACAUUCCAGCGCAACACUGGACCCUGCUGCAGACAGAGACAGUGGGUUGGGGCUUACAGGAGGCUCUGUGGUUGCCCCAGCAACACACUCAGGUCAGGGUGUGGGCUCCUUGGCAGAUGCUUCUCUCUCUACUGCCCGCAAGCAUUCAGUGGAAACACUACCGCAGCAGCAACAAAUCCAUUAUCAAAACUAUAGCACCCGACAGCAGGGUGUUAGUGAGUCAGCCACACAGAGAAUGUUCUCCAGCAGCAAACCUGCAGCUGUUCCAGCUCAGCUGUCAGUGGAAGGUCUCCAGCCUUCUGCUCCCCAGAGUGUGCUGCCUGUGGGACAGAACAGCCUACCCCAAUCUGGUGUCCACAUUCAGAAGUCCCCUAUUAUGCCUCCCUCAUCCCAGCCCAUUGCAUACCCUCCCCAACAGCAACCGCAGCUUCCCGUGGGCCAUCACCUGACCAGCCAGCUGUCUGGACUGGUGCAGAACCAGACUGAGUACUAUCAGCAGCAACAGCCAGCUUCCAUGCACCCGGCGCUUUCCACUGGCCAGCCCAUCCCAGUGUCUAGCGUCUCUGCAGGCCCGCAGCCUGUGGGACAAGUACCCACUUCGGUCUUGCCUCCAGUCCUUGGAGGGGCUACUGUGCCAAGUCAGGUUGGAGAUGUUGCCGGAGCUGUCGGAGGGUCUGAACCUAUUAGACAACCAGCUCCCGGCCUCUUGCAGCAGCAGACUGUAAUGGGAGGUGUUGUAGGUUCCAUAUUGGUUGGUGGAUCCCCUUUGCAGCAGCAGACUGCGAGUCAGUAUGCAGCUGCUGGGCAGCUUCAACCCCACAGUGUCCACCCACCAUCCUCUGGUAUACAAAAUGUGCCUGCCAUCGCAGUGAGCUCUAGUGUGCCCUCCACUUUGCCCACUGCCAUGCCCAGUGCCUCCAGUGCAGCCAUGCCAAAUGUGACAACCUCCAGUUUGCCUCCAGGUCACCUACCCCACAACAUGACUCCAGUGGCUUUGGGGGCGCAGGGCCUCCCAGCAACUGGAUUUGGACAGGUGGAGGGUGGUAGUGGAAGGAAGUCAGAGGGUCUUAUCAACACACAGUCUCCUGUUGUUUCUGGAAAGGAACCGUUGAAGCCCAUCAUGCCUGAGAGCCUGCAGCUCACCACUCCGACUGUCAACAGCCUGUUUGGAAUCCACAUACCUGUCGACGGCGAGGAGGACAGACGGGAGAGGCAUUUUACAGCAGAUGUGUGGCCAUUUGCUGUGAUCACAAGAAGGUGGAAAGAGUUCAGGGAGAUAUAGAGAGAGGAUUUGGCCAAAGGAAGAUGUAGUGCACAGGAAGUAAAUGUAAUUUUGUUGCUUUUGAGGCUAAAAACUAAAGGGAGUGCAGCAUACUUGACAAGCAUCCGUGGCCUCCCCUGCACAGGCAACAACUUGUUGAGCAUACACAUGCCUCCUGUAAUACUGUGAUUCCUUGUGUUUAUAUUAUGUGCAUGGAAGUAUUCAGUUACAUUUUAUUAGCAGGUCCUUUCCUCCUUUCCUGUAGCAGUCAACCUCCAGUACAGUGUCUGAGAUGAUGUCCUUCACUGCAAUCAUCAAAGAUUUGGUGCUAGUUGCUACAAAGCUGCAUAGUGUUAGUUUAGUUUUCUAUUAACCUCAAGCUACUCCUGGCUACUUUAUAAAUGCGCUUCAUGCCUGACCUUUAAAUAAGAUAUUCCCUGCUCCAGAAAAAGACUUUCUAAUACAAACAUAGUGGAAAGUGUUUGAUUAUGUGUUGACACUUUUGUGAUAUGGUUUCCACUCUCAUCAAGCUCGCCCCAGUCAAGUGUUUACAAAGGGUUUUAGAGCACUGAUUAACUUUUUAUAUUGUAGAUAUUAUGUUGCUUUAUCAUUCUUUUGGAUUUCUGAAACUGUGUGUAAAUACAAAUGUAAUCCAGGGCCACAUUAUGGUAAAGGUUUAAUAUUUAAAAUUGGGGAUU